AACGGAGAAACACGAGGUUAAUUUCGCGUCCGGAACUGUCAUCGCGUAAAUCACGUAUCGUUUUUCGCGCGGAAUCGUUUUUUCAGCCCGCGUAAUCGCGACUCCGAAAUAAAUUCGGGCACGUGAAUAUCGAAGGGUGCGGAUAUCCCUACGCGCACGUCGCGUGCGAAGGAAGCGACGAGGCGAAAGAGAGUAAGAGAGAGAGGAGACGAUUAAUCGCGCCGGUGCGAGGAAGAGGAAGCGAACGGGCCGCCAGGCACAGGAAGUGGCUGCGCAGGGUAGGGGGAAAGUCGAAGGCAGUUGAGUCGGUGGUGGCUACAUGUGGAUAUCCGCCGGUCGCGCCGAGAACUUUCGUAUCAGGGAACAGGCGUGAACUUUCUUAUACCCUCCCGUCGACGAUCGCGGGACUCGUGACGAAUCGCCCCGUAAAUCGAGAAUCGAUUUGCUAUUAACCAUGCAGAUGGAUCCAACGACGUUGCAGCUGAUCCAAUUCCUCGAGAGGACCGUCUCGUCGGAUAAGAAUGAGCUCGUGGCAGCGCAGACUUAUCUGCAGCAUGCGGCCGACUCCAAUCUUCAUGAAUUCGUGCAACGACUCAGCGCCGUGCUGGUCACAGUCGGCGCGAGCCCCGUCGCCCGCAUGGCAGCGGGUCUACAGCUCAAAAACCAACUUACCUCCAAGGAUCCCGAAAUGAAGUUCCAGUACCAGCAACGCUGGCUUACCAUCCCCGCUGAAACGAGGGAUUAUAUCAAGAAAAAUAUUUUAGGAGCAUUAGGAACAGAAAACAAUAGGCCAAGUUCUGCGGCGCAAUGCGUUGCUUAUGUUGCUGUUGCCGAAUUGCCUGUGGGACAGUGGAGCGAAUUAAUUCCAUUGUUGGUUAAUAAUGUUGUCAACCCGUCCAGUACCGAGAUGAUGAAAGAGGCCACUCUAGAGACUAUUGGAUAUAUCUGCCAAGAGAUUGAGAGCGAAGUGCUGGUAUCGCAAUCAAAUGAGAUUCUCACUGCUAUUAUUCAUGGUAUGAAGGGUUCCAGUACGUCAAAUCAUGUUCGACUAGCAGCGACAAGCGCCUUAUACAAUUCCCUGGAGUUUACUAAAGGAAAUUUUGAGAAAGAGACAGAACGGAACUUCAUAAUGGAAGUUGUGUGCGAGGCCACUCAAUCAGCCAAUACUCAAAUCAGAGUGGCUGCGUUACAGUGUCUUGUGAAAAUUAUGUCACUGUAUUAUCAAUACAUGGAACCUUAUAUGGCUCCAGCAUUGUUUCCUAUUACUUUAGAAGCUAUGAAGUCCGAUAUCGAUGAAGUGGCACCAGGAAUAGAAUUCUGGUCGAAUGUGUCUGACGAGGAAGUUGAUUUAUCGAUGGAAGAAGGAGAGGCAUCGGAAGGAGGCCGCCCACCGCUAAAAGUCUCACGACAUUACGCUAAAGGAGCUUUGCAAUAUCUUGUACCGGUAUUGAUGAAAAAAUUAACCAAGCAAGAGGAAUUUGAUGAUGAAGAUGAUUGGAAUCCCUCAAAGGCCGCUGGAGUAUGCUUGAUGCUACUUUCCAGUUGCUGUGAAGAAUCCAUCGUUCCAUUCGUUCUUCCAUUUGUCAAGGAUAAUAUUAAGAGCCCCGACUGGAGGUAUAGAGAUGCAGCUCUUAUGGCGUUUGGUUCGAUUCUUGGUGGUUUAGAACCGGCCACGUUGAAACCGCUGGUAGAACAGGCUAUGCCCACUCUCAUCGAGCUGAUGUAUGACAGCAGUGUGGUCGUUCGGGAUACAGCAGCAUGGACAUUUGGUCGUAUAUGUGAGAUGAUUCCAGAUGCCGCAAUCAAUGAGACGUAUCUGAAACCAUUGUUGGAAUCCUUGGUUAACGGAUUGAAAGCCGAACCUCGUGUUGCCGCCAAUGUAUGCUGGGCAUUUACUGGUUUAGCGGAGGCAAGCUACGAAGCUGCCGAAGUGAGCGAAGAUGCCACUCAGCCAGAAACAUAUUGCAUGUCGCAGUACUUUGAUUUUAUCAUUCAACGACUCUUGGAGACAACGGAUCGACCGGACGGAGCUCAAGCAAAUCUGAGAUCUGCCGCUUAUGAGGCUCUGAUGGAGAUGGUCAAGAAUUCACCACGCGACUGUUACGUGACUGUGCAGAAGACUACAAUGGUGAUACUCGAGCGAUUGCAGCAGGUAUUACAGAUGGAGUCGCAUAUACAAAGCCACUCUGAUCGUGCUCAAUACAAUGAUCUGCAGUCGCUGCUUUGUGCAACUUUGCAGUCUGUUCUGCGUAAGGUCACUCCAGAGGACGCGCCGCAAAUAUCCGACGUGAUAAUGACCGCUUUAUUAUCCAUGUUCAACUCGAAUUCGUGUAAAUCAGGCGGUGUGCAGGAAGAUGCGCUCAUGGCCGUCUCGACUCUGGUCGAAGUAUUGGGUGAAGGUUUUCUAAAAUACAUGGAAGCGUUCAAACCUUACCUUUGUCUUGGUCUGAAGAAUUACGCCGAGUACCAGGUGUGCUGUGCUGCUGUUGGUCUCACUGGUGACAUUUGUCGCGCACUCAAGAACAAAAUGAUACCAUAUUGCGACGAAAUCAUGACGCUGUUGCUCGAAAAUCUCAGCAAUAACGCCGUCCAUCGAUCAGUUAAACCACAAAUCUUCUCGGCUUUCGGUGACAUCGCCAUGAGUAUUGGGCCAGAGUUUAAGAAGUAUCUCGACGUUGUACUGCAGACGCUAGUGCAGGCAUCACAGGCUAACGUAGAUAGGAGCGACUACGAUAUGAUCGAUUAUUUGAAUGAGCUGCGCGAGGGCGUACUCGAAGCUUACACUGGCAUUGUCCAAGGUCUUCGCGGUGAUGCCAACAAUUGUCCAGACGUUGCCAUCUCUCUCAUCGAGCCGCACGUGCCGUUUAUUAUACAAUUCAUCACUUCGAUAGCACAGGACCGCGAGCAUUCUGACGGCAAUGUGUCCGCUGCGGUCGGUCUACUGGGCGAUCUCGUAAUGGUAUUCGGAGCCAAACUAUUGCCAAUGGUGGAGACCGAGCCACUUAACGAGCUAUUGUCUAAGGGUAGGAAGUCGCGAACUCACAAAACUAAACAGCUGGCGACUUGGGCUGCAAAGGAGAUUCGGAAGCUCAAGAGUCUCGCCAACGCUACGUCCAGUUGAUCGCCCCACGGUUGUACUGUCGUGCAAUUUGAUUUGACUAGAAAGCUAUCAAACACAAUACAAAGACAACAAGAUUGGAUGGUGCGGAUGCGAGUUGAUGGAUGUGCGUGAGUCCAAAGCGAUGAUGACGAAAUGGAGUGAUGAGUCUGCACUUGUCCCUAUCUGGCGACGGUAUUUUAUCGAUAUAAUAUCGGUGUUGAGCGCAGCCCAUAUAAUAUGAAAGAAAGGGAUUUUAGUGAGAAAGCGAGAGUGAGAAUGAGAGAGAGAGAGAGAGGGGAGAGAGAGAGAGAGAGAGAAAGAGAGCAUGCGAGACAAAGAGAGAAUAAAAAAAAAAUAAGUACCUGUCUGCCGGAUGUCGACAAUGGAUGAUGAAGAAUGCAAGUAAAUGUUGCUGAUGAAUGAAUCAAGGCCAAACGAGAAGUCCGCGAAGAUGAUUCUAAUUGCAAGUAUGUCUGGUACAAACAAGCUUGCGGCUUCUAUUUGCGUGAUUGGGAGAUCAAAACUUGAGAAAAGAGAGAAAGAGGAUGACUUCGAUGGACGAUUACAUGAAAGACAUGAGAGCAGAAGAAGAUACGAGAGAAUGAGAUGCCAAAAGCGCGACAGGAACACCAAGAGAGGACGGAGAGUAUAUAUAUAUAUGUAUAUGAAUGACGGAGAGAGAAAAUGAGAGAAUGAGAGACUCAGGGAGAAUUUCUGAAAUAAAGUGAUAGCGUGAUAAAUACGAGAAAAUGUGUAUGAAAAAUGUAUUAAAAUGUAUGUGCGUAUGCAUGUGAUGUAUGAGAGUGAGAGAAAGAAAGAACAAAAGUCUUUUACUUACGGUGAUUUUCACCGUUGACUCAUUGUAAAGCUCUCGCCGAGCUUCUCAAUGACGUGCAUCAAAUUUUGAAUCACAGUUUAUAGCUAUAAGGUUUAGAAUUUACGUACGUAUGGAAGAGUAUCACUUUCCUAAUGCAGCGGGAUGGAUGGGCAGCAAGGAAGGAAGCGAAAAGAGAAAGAGAGACUGAAAGUGCGAAAGGUCGGGAAGAUUGUAAAACUCAUUAAGAAAAAAAAAGAAAAAAAAUACUAGGUGACCCCUGGUCCGAUCGUGCUACGCGAGAAUCCGCACGUGAUCUGUUGUGUAACAGUAUGAUACGAUGAUGUGUAUGUUACUUUUUCCCCGUACGUGAAUGUCUGUUCCUGUUGGUUGGAUCAUUAAAGUUAAUAUUUUGCCUGGCACAAGUGAUUUAAGUUGUACCGAAGUCCUCGUCCGGCCUGAACGUUUAAGAGCGAGUGAUGAUUUUUGAGCGCUCAAACAAUCCUCAAGUCUCAUCCCGUUCGCUUUUCCUUUCCCCAUUAGCCUUUGUAACCGGUCGAUACAAACGUGUACAUCAUUUUUUGUCUAAUUCGAUUAAGUACGCGAUCACGGUAUUCAGAAGUGACGUCGCAGACGAGGAGCUUUGCACUGCCAGUUGGAACAACCGCUGCACGGCUUGUCCACACUUUUUAAACACUCGUUCCUUCCUUCCCUGUUCGCGAGACGUCUGGGUCACUCUCGAGGUCUGGGUGAGAUCGUCUUCCUGGUUCACGCGUUGCCAUACAGGAGCGUCCUUUAUCCCUUUUUUCCCCAUACGAUGAGAGAGAGAGAGAGAGUCUCGCGGAUCACCGGGAUUUUGAGAAGAUACCGUGGUCGUGUUUAAACGGGUAAUUCGCAUAUAAUAGUUUUAGCGUCGUAGCCUGGAGAUGAAGGGUAGUUUUAGAAUAGAUCUCUUUCUCCGAACAAAGUGUGUGCUUCGCGUGUUUGUUGAUGAAAUUUAACCGCGUGUUUCGAUUUCAAAUCGCAAUAUACCUUUCCACGUUCGACCGGGAUAUCUCAAGUACCACGUGGUGUAUCUCUACCUCCGCUUAUAUAUCCACGUAUCUUUGAUGACGAUGUCGCCAAGUAAUUACGUGGAUCUUUUCCAAGAUGCGCAGUUCGCGAUUUUUUUCUUUUUUUUUUUUUAUUGCGACACGGAAUUACGUCACGUCGUCGUCGAGAAACGUGUUUGUGGUAGUGCCAUGCAUUCCAAAUACUUUUGCCAGCGAACAUGCCGGACUUUCUUUUCGUAAUUUGACUAUUUUUUAGCGCGAUUUCGUUCCAACAUAUACAUUACUUGUCGCAAAUUUUUGAGAUGCGGAAGAACGAGAUAGCGAUGUAGCGUAAUUUAUGGGAGUUUUAAGCUUCUUGAAUUUAAUUAAACGCGAGCGUGUAUGUAUUUUGACAAAUGCCAAUGGGAAAAACAAUUUUGCUGGCACUUUCCGAUAUCAGAGCAAUUAAAAAUAUAGAAUGAUCAUGUCGAUUGAUCUAUAUCUCUGUCUCUGAAAACCAGAAUUCGUGCAUCAACGACGCACGUUGAUUUAUAAACACGUGCGUGCUUAAACAAUUUUUUUUUACAUCGAUCGAAUAUUUUCCGUAACAUAAUAUACCAUGACGUUUAUUAUUACAGUAUCCCCGCAUAAGUAUUGCCACGAUAUUUCAUAUAAUCCGGGUUUUUACGAGAAAUAAAUAUAUAUUUUAGAUACUCCUCUCCCUCAACAUACUCGUAAAUCGUAGAAAAAGAAAAUGCUUUUUUUUCUUGUUCUUAUUAUUCGUUUAAGAAAUGUGUACACACACAUAAUUCGAUAUUUUGUUUACGCAUCUGCUGGAUUCAGUAACAGUGAUAAUAAUAAUAAUAAUAAUAAUAGUGAUAAUAAUGUAUUAUCUUCGACAGAUUGUGACAUACGAGUAUCGCCAAAUUGUAAAUAAGCAAGUAACAAGCUUUUAAUCAUCGAUUUGAAAUCUAUCGAGAUAAUGUCAAAGUUUAAUAACGUACGGAAGAUAUAUAAAUAUAUAUGUAUACAUAUAUUAAAAUCACUUUUCUCUAAGAGAAGGAUAAACUAUUUUUCUAAGACGAGAUUUUCAUAUAAAUUGCAAGUGAAACUUCUUGCGAAAACAUAGGAAAACAUUUCGAACUUGUGGCAAUAUUUAUUCGAGCAAUUUUAUAUUUAUUUUAAGGCGAUUGUCAAAUAACCAAUGAUUUUCAAAAAUAUGUUGAACAUUUAUCUGUAACAUUUUUUUAUGAAUUAAUAAAUUACGCCAAAUUAUAUCAAAUUUUACAUUAAAAAUCCAUUAAACGACACACUUUCGUACAUAAAUUUAAUCGUCAAAAAUAUUUCGUACAUAGUUAAUUAUUCUGUAAAUUUUUAAAUAUUUAUCAAGGAAGUUGAUUAUCCUCCGUAGUGUCAAAAUGCGAUGCUCUUAACGCCGAAUCGUUUAAGCAUGGUUAUCACCGAUUACGCAAUUAUCCAUUCGCAAUCAAUAGCGAAUUUUUCGAUUACGAUGGAUUCGAUAGGAGCGCGAGUAUAUAUAUCCUUUUAUUUAUACAUUCCACUUUUAGAAAAGAUUAGGUGAAGAGAAAGAGAGAAUGAAAGUGAGAGAGUAUCACGACGGAGAGGACAGCGGUGCGCGUUUUUCCGCAUCUUUUGCAAAGAACUCGAUCGCUCACCUUUUUCUGAUACGCAAUCGAGGGUUUGCGAAAUUUCUGUGUGAUUGUCGCCGGAAUUCGCAGCGCGUCCCAAAUUUGCUGAGAUUAUUUUUUUAAUCAAACUCUUGUGCUAAACUCAUAAAUUUGCAACGAUCCAAGAAUCACAGUUGUAAUU